UUCAUUCAUUCUCUCUUUGUUUAUUGACGAAGCGGUACGUUUUUAUAAUAUGGAGUGCGAUAAAUAUGAAUUCCAUGUAUGAUUGUUUUCAAACCAUGAGUGAAACUCCAGAAAAUUCGCCUGGAAGAAAAGCAAUAGAAACCAUGGGGAUUAUUCAUAAAGAUUUAGUGUUUAAAAAACCAAUAGGAACAGCUAAGAAACGAAAAAAGAAAAAAAUAUUGAAUGAAGAAACUUAUGUUGAAGAAAUAAGUAACAUAAUCCAGAGGGAUUUCUUUCCAGAUUUAGAAAAAUUGAAAGCACAAACUGCAUAUUUAGAUGCAAUAGAAUCAAAUGACACUAUAAAACUAAAGGAACUUUAUGCAAAAUAUAGUGGCGGUAUGCGUCCUCCAGAGAGAAUACCAAGUCCUGCUACAUUUGAAACUCCUGCAAAUAUUCAUAAUACACAAUUAGGAAGUGACUCUCCUCAAGAGAAAACUGAAGAUAUAAUAGAUAUAGAAAAAGUGGAAAAAUCUAAAGAUAACAAAUUAAGUCUAGACCAGUAUUUAAAUUCACAUACUUCCCAAGACAAUGAAAGUUUUGAAGAACUUCUUCAAGAAUCUGAACAAAAACGUAGAGAGAAGUAUUCAUAUUUAUUUAACGAAGAAGAAAAGAGUGAACAACAUCAGAAAAAGAUUUUAACAGUACCUUCAAUAGAGCAACAAGCACUACCAAUGAAGAGAGAACUAUGCUUGGAUAUGUGGGGGUAUAAAAACCGAAAUUAUAUUAUGUAUGUACCUGAUGGAGUUGAUCUAACGGAUGAAGAAAUCAUAGAGUUUAACAAAAAAAGGCAAGAAAUAGUUCAUUCUAAUACUAGACUUGCUAUAAAUCCAUUUAAUGAAGUACAGAGUGCUGAAACGAUUAAUGAAUUAGCAAAAUCUCAGGCAAAGGUUUUAGAUGGAAAAAUCGGUGUUGAUGGUAAGGAGCUCCAAAAAUCUGACUCUCCUAAUGUUGGCGGAUAUAGUUUUGUUCGAACUCCAUCUCCAUCACCCAGUUUGCUAGGAACACCAUUAAUGACAUGGGGAGAAAUUGAAGGAACUCCAUUCAGAUUAGAUGGCAGUGAUACUCCGUUACCAAAGAUGCAAGGACCAACGUUUAAAAUGUCAGAACCUCCAAGAAGGGAACAAAUUGCUUUAGCUUUAGCUGAGAAAGUCGGAGAAAAGAAGAAUAUAGAAAAGAAAAAAAAUAUUGAUGCUCAAAGAAAACAAUUUGCUACACCUUCUCCCAGACCAAAUACAUCGGCAAUUGAUAGACUAGCCACUAUGUCUCCAGCAGCUAGAAAAUUAGCAACCUCAAGGCUUAAACUUGGAGUUAGUUCAGAUUUGAGAUCCAUUUAUUCACCAAGUCCAAUUACUAAAAAUAACAAAACUCCAGUUCCUUCCCCAAGAAGGUCUUCCACUCCAUUGGUUAAUGUAAGAAAUAAGAAGACAACUACUGAAGUAUCUACAGAUGAUUUACUGAAGAUUCAAUUACCUAAACGGAAAAAAGCAGCAGAUUUCUUUUAGAAUUUUUAGAAUGAUAUUGAAGUUAUUUGUAUAUAUGUUGUAUAAUUAAAUUAAGUAAUAGUAAA